GAAUUUUACUACAAAACCCCAGUCGAGGACUGGACGUAUACAAACUUAAUGAAAUAUUACCGUUCGAAGUCGAAACAUAAAGAUAAAAGAAAAGUUCUAGAUUGCAUAAAAAAAGACCUCGAAGAAGUGGCAAACUCAAACUCUGAUAUGUCAUAUAAAAAAAAGGCACAAGAUAUUCUUGAUGAUUGGAAGGAAUCUAGUCCAACUGUAUUGAACUGCUCAUCUGGAUCUAAAAUAGAAAUGAGAUCAACCCAAAUGUUUAACGACAGCAAUAUAAUUCUUGGAAUAAAUCAAGGAAGUAAAGAUGCUUCAAUUAAAGAAGGAGAACUUUCAACCAACAUAAUUAAAAACAAAAUGAAAGUGUCAGUACCUAUUGAUCAAGAUGAAGAAGUGGUGACGACUUCCAAUUCGGAUCAUCAAAAUGAAGAACCUACACGAUCCACAAAUGUAGAUAACAUUAGUGAUAAUAAUAUAAGUGGAGAUGAGUCAGAAAUUCCUAAUUUAACAGAUUUUGAUAAAGCAUACUAUAAAUUGGAUCCGCGAAAAAUGUGGAAGCUUAAGAGUGGCACUGUCGUUGAAAAAGUUUUAUAUGAAUACGCACGGAGCCUAUCAUAUGAAUCAUGUUUACAUUCUUUUAUUAUCAAUGACACUGAUGAAGAAGCGAAGUCCUUAUUUAGUGAGGAAGACUGGAACGAAAUAUUCGCAUUUGAACUUAAAAAGAUGCCAAAGAUUGACAAAUCAAUCAUUAAUCUUAUGAAAAAGUAUUCAGUAACUGACUUAACUGAGUUUCGAAAAAUUAUUUUUGAUCCCUUUUUGCCUACCGGCACUUCAUACUCCAACAAGGAGCACUUUGAUUUAAAUUACAUUCAUGUCGCAUACAAGAUUAUGCACACAUUCUGGGAAGAUGACGACAACUUUGCUCUGGAUCCAUCAAAAUUAGAAGGAUGGUAUCAGUUAAAUAUAUGGGGCCCACUUAUUGAUUCUGCGUUUCGUAAUUCAAGUAUUAAUUUAAUACGUGUUGAUGGAAUGAGUAGAGCUUCAAGUGAUAGAAAAAAUCAAGAUAAUCAUAGGACAAAUCGAAAGAAGAUUGGAAGAAAAGGUGAUGGAAUAUUUAGAUUAAAAGAAAGUAGAUUAGAAUUUGGCGCAAUUGAGGCGGGAAGAAAGUGGGAAGCAAAUCGACUACAACUCCUGACUAUGGAUAUUCCAAUGGGAUAUAUUAGUCGAAUUCAACAUCAUGAGUUUCGGGAGGUUACUGGUAGCAUAAAUAAUCUGCUGUUAGGGUUUGUUUUAAAAGAUAUAUUAAGAGCGAGAUCAAUUAUUACACAAACACUUGAAUUAAUCCAAGAAAGCAAAUCUAAUAUCAAUGACCUUGACGAUUCUGAUAACGAAGGUGAAGCAUCAAAAGG